AGUGUGUAUCCUUCCCAGCGAGCUCAACGCCAGAGCAGAGAACGCACACCGCAAUGGCGUCGCCGUCGUGUGCCUCCACGCUGCCCUGGACCGCCGCCGCCUCCUCCCCCUCCUCCACGCGCCGCCUCCAGACGCGACGCGCCCCGUCGCUCGUCAUCGUCGCGCAGGGCAGGGUCAAGAAGUACCGCCAGGUCAUACUUAAGGACGACAUCGAUGAGAUUAGCGGCAAGAAGGGGGACACGAUGAAGGUCCGGGCCGGGUUCUACCGCAACUUCCUGCUCCCCAAGGGCAAGGCCACGCUGCUCACCCCCGACGUCCUCAAGGAAAUGCAAGUGGAGCAGGAGAGAAUCGAGGCUGAAAAGAAGAGGGUAAAAGAAGAGGCACAGCAACUCGCGCGAGUCUUCGAAACCAUCGGGGCGUUCAAGGUGCCACGUAAAGGUGGCAAAGGAAAGCAGAUCUUCGGGAGCGUCACGGCGCAAGAUCUCGUCGACAUCAUCAAGUCGCAGCUUAACAGGGACGUGGACAAGCGGCUGGUGGAGGUCCCGGAGAUCCGCGAGGUCGGGGAGUACGUCGCGGAGAUCAAGCUCCACCCCGACGUCACAGCCAAGGUGAGGCUGACUGUGUAUGCCAAGUGAGCCGGUCGCAAGCAGGGCAUUCAGUGGAUGGUGAAGUCUGCAACUGUUGUGCCUGGGAGCUAGCGAGGAUGGGUUUUACAAAAAUGUUGUUCAUGGCCUUGUAUACAUUAGGAGAAGCAUGGAGAAAGCCAAAGCUGUUGAAAUUUUUACCAAGUGAAUAUGUGAAAUCCUUUUUUGUUCAUUUGUCGGCAGAGAUCCAUUUUGCUAAAUAAAUUAGAUUUUCCAUCCA